AUGAACGGGCUCCAGUCGAGUCCUCCUGGAUGGCCAGGCAGCGUCUGUUCAAUCGAAGGACUACCCGCUUUGCCAAAAGGCCUGAGCGGCAUCCUUAACUCCAGUGGUGGCUCAUGGAGGGACAUCGAAAAAGUCCACAGUAAACGGACAAGCCUUCAGGCCGACAUCAGCAAGUCUAGCGUGAUCGACUCUCUCGGCCGCAGCAAGCCUGCACGUCUGGACGCAACGCUGCGCAAAGAAAUGGUAGGACAUUAUUCUGUAAUCAGUUGAUUUUAUUUUAUUAGGAUCUAUUUUAGCCCAAUGGCUAGUCUUACAAGAGUCCUUAAGAAAUUUAAAAACAUACAGAAAUGUAAAAAACAACAAAAGGAAAGUCAAAACACCAAAACACACAAUAUUUUGAUCAUUUCUCACAGCUUUGUCUUUGAUUAUUGUCAGCAAAUAGCACACAUCUAGAGAACAUCCUGAAAUAAUAGGGCAGCAAUUUCAGCUCAAUUUACCUAAAUUUGUUCUUGUUCAUUUGUAUUCAACUGACAACGUUUAUAAAUAAAUUAAUAAUUUUUUUAUUUAGCAGACGCUCUUAUCCAGAGCGACUUACAGGAGCAAUUAGGGUUAAGUGCCUUGCUCAAGGGCACAUCGACAGAUUUUUCACCUAGUCGGCUCGGGGAUUAGAACCAGCGACCUUUUCGGUUACUGGCACAACGCUCUUACCCACUAAGCUACCUGCCGCCAUAUAUAUAUAUAUAUAUAUAUAGUUAAUGUAUGAGAUUAUUGACACAAUUAUCCGUUCCUGUUGUGUGUCCUAGGUGGGCCUCAGACAGUUGGACAUGUCUCUGCACUGUCAGCUGUGGUCUCUCUAUGAGUCCAUCCAGGAGUACAAGGGAGCCUUUCAGGACAUCUCCAACUCUCUGCUGUCAGAGAGCACCAUCACUACAGAAAAUGGUUACUCUGAGGAAGAGGAUUAUUAUGAAGAGGAGGAGGGCAACUAUGGUGAUAAUGUACCUCAGGAUCUACCUGGCACUUCACUGACUCUCCAGCCAACUCAAAACUCCCGGGACCAAUUGAUCAAAGAGUCUUUCCACAUUCCCUUAUAA